AUGGAAAAAAGUUCACAUUAACCUGAAGAAGAGCAAAAGUAGACUGCUCAAAAGCAAGAUUCCAACACUAUUAUGCAAACUCCACUGUUCUUAAACCUUGAAGAGAACACUCCUUCUGAGGAAAUCGAAUCAUUGUGCAUGAAUUGCCAAGAAAUGGGAAAAACUAAGUUUUUAUUCACAAAGAUUCCGUUCUUUAAGGAAAUCAUCUUAUCAUCAUUUGAAUGCCCUAAUUGUGGAUGGAAGAACACAGAAAUCCAAUUUGGAGGCAAAAUUGCAGACUUUGGCAUCAGAUAUGAACUUAAAGUUGUAAACUAAGUGAAUAUGAACAGAAGCGUUGUUAAGUCAGAGAAUGCUACCAUCAGAAUUCCUGAGUUAGACCUUGAAAUUCCACCCGAAACAUAAAAGGGAACCAUUAACACACUUGAGGGAUUCAUUGCUAAAACUAUUGAAGGACUUUAAGAUCUUCAAGAAGAGAGAAGAAAAGUUGAUCCAGCCACAGCAGAGAAAAUUGAUGAUUUCGUCAACCGCAUGCAAGACUAUAUUGAUGGCAAAAAGUUCCCUUUCACUUUUAUUGUUGAUGACCCAUCAGGAAACAGUUAUGUUCAAAAUCCUAAUGCUCCAAGCAAGGAUGAAUACUGUACCACUGAAUUCUACCCUAGAUCAGCUGAUGACUAUAUCAAAAUGGGUUAUAACCCAGAAUUGGCAGAAUCCUAAGCUGAUGAAGAUAAAGCUAAGCAUGAUGAGUUCGUAAAGGACAAAUCAAAGUCUAGCUCCAGUAAGAUCAAAGCAAAGAAAGGCCAAACUCCAGAGGAAUAGGAGGCUAUUCUUGCCAAGAUUUAAGCUUAUGCAAGCAGAAAGAAGGAUGAGGAAAUCACAGCAAGCAAUAUGGAUUUCUCAAAGCCAAUGGAUGAUGCAUCAAAUACAUACGAAGACGAUGAUGUGAGAAAGGAAGUUAUGAGAUUUUCAACCUACUGCUAUUGCUGUUCAAAAGAAGGAGAAGCAAAAAUGUGCAUUGCAACAAUUCCAUUCUUCAAGGAAAUUAUUAUUAUGGCUUUCUGCUGCGAUUACUGUGGUUACAGAAACACCGAUAUCAAACACGGAGGUGGUAUUUCAGAUAAAGCUACAAGAAUUGUUUUCAAAUGCGAAAAGCCAAGUGAUCUUAACAGAGACGUUUUCAAGAGCGAUACAGGUAUUAUGGCAAUUCCAGAAUUAGAUUUCGCAAUGGCUCCAGGAACACUUGGAGGAGUCUACACUACCAUUGAAGGCUUGAUUGAUAAAGUUGCAGAUAACCUUGAAGAAUUCAAUCCAUUUGGCAGUGGAGAUAGCUCAACCAACAAGAAGUACGUUGAAUUUAUCAAGAAAUUAAGAGGAUUAAAAGAUAUGUCCACUCCCUUUACUUUAAUUCUUGAUGAUGCUCUUUCUAACUGCUUUAUUUAUAAUCCAUUUGCUCCAGAGGAUGAUCCACAAAUCAAUGUCACCGUCUACGAAAGAUCAGAAGAGCAAAAUGAAGAAUUAGGUAUCAAUGAUAUGAACUGUUGA